CCUCAGUCCAGCAUCCAGCCCCCGCCUGUCUCCUCGCUCCUGUUUCCUGGUGUCUCUUCUGCUCAUAUUUCUCAAGGAGCCCAGACCUGACACACCCGUGUUGCUUCCCUGCCACUCAUCCAAAGCCUCUCAGGACCUCUGUGCCAGCCCAGCUCCCUGACCAAAGUGGGACACCCGGGACCAGAAGGUGCUGAAGAAGAAGCGGCGACAUGUCUUCCUCCUCUCCUCCUCGCCUUGAGCAGCCGCAGACAGGCAGCUUUCCACCACCUCACACGCCCGUCCCCAACACCAGCAGCUCCGAAGACCCCAUGUUCACCCCGGAGCUUCAGGAUAUGCCCGUAUUCUACACCAUUCGUGACUCCCAACAGAUGGUGUGGGUCCUGAGUGGAGAUGUUUUAAUAGCAGCUCCUUCAAGCAACAACGUGCAGCCUGUCACUCUCACCUUGAUCGCCUGCAGGGACACAGCAUUACACGAUGAAGAGAAAGGCAAUCUGGUUUUCCUGGGAAUCAAGGGCAAAGACCUCAGCUUCUGCUGUGCGGAAGCUGAGGGCCAGCCCACACUGCAGCUGAAGGAGGUCAGUAUCAUGGAACUGUACAGGGAGAACAAAGCUCGGACGCCAUUUCUCUUCUUCCACAGCCUGGAGGGCUCCACCUCUGCCUUUCAGUCGGCCUCCCACCCCGGCUGGUUCAUAGCCACGUCCUCCACAGCCAAGCAGCCCGUGACGCUCACCCAGGAGAGGGGCCUCGCUAACACAAACUUUUAUUUAGGUCGUGAGAAUUAAAUCCAGCCUGGUCGGAGGGUGACGGAUUUCAGGAUAGAUGAUCAAGCUGUCAGAGAAUCUUCUGCUUGAAAAUACAGUGCCAUGUUUCCAUGCAAUUUCCCUUUUCUCUCCCUUUCCCUCCCAUCUCAUGUCUCUGUUGAGAGAGAAAUGAAUUACAGUAGAUGGGGUACAGAGAGAAGAUGUGAG